CCUCUCUUUUUGCGCUCGGAGGCACCAAAAUAAAGCGCACGGCUCGGUGAUGCGUCGCGGUCUGCAGGGUGUGUUUUUGUUUUAGAGGCAGGAGUGGGAUUUCGAUCGGAUUUGUACUUUUUGUGUGUGUUAACGGAAAUGGGUCGUGUGUGAAAGUCGUGUUUUCAUCUUAUCUCAGAGAAGAGCUGUCACUCACCCACCUGUUGCCAGGUGGUCUUGGCUUAACAGUCGGAAAUCUACUAUGACAUUAGGUUUGGAAGAAAUUGUCAUGGAGGAUAUUGAUAUCGACGUGGUGGGGGAAGGACUGAGAGACAGCAGAGAGGAGCAGCUCCUGCCUCCGGACGAGUGUCGGAGCGAGCAGGAGCGCAGCAGCGCGGAGACUUCCAGCAGCCAGAUUAAUAAGGACCGGGACUCCUCCAGUCCUCCGCCGGUGUGUCACACCCCGGCUAAAAGCAAAAGCACCACGUCCGUGAAGCCUCCGUAUUCCUACAUCGCUCUGAUAACCAUGGCCAUUCUGCAGAGCCCGAAGAAACGCCUCACCCUCAGCGAGAUCUGCGACUUCAUCAGCCACCGCUUCGCUUACUACCGGGAGAAGUUCCCCGCCUGGCAGAACUCCAUCAGGCACAAUCUGUCGCUCAAUGACUGCUUCGUAAAGAUGCCCAGAGAGCCGGGAAACCCCGGCAAGGGGAACUACUGGACGCUGGACCCCAACUCCUCCGACAUGUUCGAGAACGGGAGUUUUCUGCGGCGGAGGAAGCGCUUCAAGCGGCAGCAUUUCCGCUUCGAGCCGCUGAAGGAGCAGCACCUGGAUCCCGGCGCGCUGCACGGCUUUACGCACGGCGCCUACGGCCUCGGCGGCGCCGCCGUUCACCUGCCGGGGCUGGAGCUGUACCCGUACCUGCACCACCACGCUCCGUCGCCCUGCGCCCCCGUCACCAUCCCACCUGUCAGCAGCAUCCUCCCGGCCCUGUCCAGCUUCUUCUCGCGCAGCGCCCUCACGGCCAAAGCCUUCCUGCAGUCCCAGCCCGGCCUGGACGGCUUCUCCCCGGCCGGCUGCGCCGCGUACUCCCCCCCGCUCACCUCCGGCGCUGCCUACGUGUCCCCGGCGCUCUUCCACCCCGGCGCGUCUCCGCACUUCCUCAGUUUACAGCAGGAGUACCAGAAAGUACAGACUCAGCGUGGCACCGGGGACCCUGCCAAACACAUCAGCAAUAACAAUGAAUAAUCACAGUAAAAGAAAGGGGAAAAACAUACUUUUUUUACUCGCGUUUUCUCAGGUAACAGAGACAUUUAAAGCAGCUUUUCACGGUAUCCCCCACGAGUGGAAGAAAAUGUUUUUAAGAAUGUUAGAUAAGUUAGGAAAAGUCUCCCUCCUUCACACACUUAUGGCUCGUCCGCUUUUUCAUCAUGAAUUAUCAUCUUUUGUUUGAAUAUUUAAUUAACGAGUUUCCUAUUCUUUCUUUUUUUAUGGAAAAGAAAUAAAGCUGAAUAUUUAAA